UUCCCGGUGUACGGUGUAGGGGUAGUUAGAACUUAGAAAGAAACCCGCCAAACCCAAACGGACUCUAUAUAUAAAGAUUUGGAUUUUUACACAUCUGACCCUUCCAUUUUCCACAUUCACAAUUCAGACCCAAACUUGUUAUUCCUUCUCCGAUCAAAAAAGCGAGUCACGGCCAUGUUCUUCCUCCGAGUCCACUCAGUUGACGCCGAGAAUCCACUCGAUCCCGAACUCAUCUUCUCCGCUCCAACCCAAUCUCAAACAAACCCUAAAUUCACAGAACGCAGAGGCGUUCUUCAUCUCUUUCGUAGCGCUUCACACUCCUCUCUCCCUAAUUCCAAUUCUCUCUCACCUCUUCUCUUCAUCCUCGCUGUUCCUAAUUAUUUCUCGUUCGAUGAUUUCAUUCGGUUUUGUGGUCCCCACUAUCUUGAUCGUCUUCAUCAUCUUCUCUUCAUCAGGAACGAUGGGAUGGAAGAUAGGUAUAGUGUGUUGAUUAGGUUUGAUGAUCAGCUUGCUGCUGAUGCAUUUCAUACCUAUUUCAAUGGCAAGAAGUUUUCUCCUGCUGAGGCAGAGAUAUGCCAUAUUUUAUUUUUGCUUUCCGUGGAGUACUCGGAAUGUGAAGAAGUUGCUGGGACUCCUCCAGCUGGUUGUACAGAAAUACCAACUUGUCCAGUUUGCUUGGAGAGACUGGACCCUGAUACAAGUGGAAUAUGCACAACACUUUGUGACCAUUCAUUUCAAUGCCCUUGCGUCUCAAAGUGGACAUAUUUGUCUUGCCAGGUCUGCCGAUUAUGUCAACAACAGGAUGAGAAGCCAACUUGUUUUAUUUGUGGAACAUUAGAUGAUGUCUGGGUUUGUAUGAUUUGUGGAUUUGUCGGAUGUGGAAGAUAUAAAGAAGGACAUGCUAUUCGGCAUUGGAAAGAUACUCAGCAUUGCUAUUCUCUUGAUUUUAGAACACAACAAAUUUGGGAUUAUGUGGGUGACAAUUAUGUCCAUCGACUGAAUCAGGACCAAUCUAGAAUUGAUGGCAAGUCGGAGAUGCAUGUUCACUGUAUGUCUCUAGAAGGGGAAUGUGACACAUGUGAAUGUAGUGAAGAUUUAGAAGUUAAUGGGGCCUUCUUUAACAGCAAAGUUGAAGCGAUUGUGGAUGAGUACAACCGUCUUCUUACAUCUCAAUUGGAGACUCAAAGACAAUAUUAUGAAUCCUUACUAAUUGAGGCAAGAAGUAAAGAAGAAAGCUCCAUAUCUGAAGCAGUGGAGAAAGCUGCAACUUCUGGAAUGCUUGAUAUCCAAAAUGAACUAGAAAAGUGUACUGAAGAAAGAAAUGUCGUUGCUGAGGUUAAUCGGAAGCUCAUUAAAAAUUCAGAAAUGUGGCGAAAGAAGAUUAAAGAAGCAGAAGAGAGGGAAGCUGCAUCAAUGAAGUCGAUGAAUGAGAAGAUACUUGAUUUGGAGGAACAGAUAAGAGAUAUCACGAUUUUUCUACAAGCACAAAAAACAAUUGAUAAGAUGUCAGACUCAAAUGGAAUAAAGGAGGGAACAGUCUUACCAGUGGCUCAUGAGCAACCUUCUCCUGGAAACAGCAAGAAAAACAGAAAGUCUGGUCGAAAGCGGCGUUAGUUGUAACGUCACCUAGAACAUGUAUUCGAAUCUAUGGACUAGUCUAAAUUUUUGGAGGGAAAACACUGAUAAACUUUGCCAAGAGUUCUGUCUGAUGCAUAUCCGAAAUUAUGAUGGUACCUGACUUAACUGCCACAGAAAAAAUUAGCCCACCUUACAUUUCAACUCCCAUUUCAACUUGUUUGCUUUGUGUGGGGCUGUAAUCCCCGGAUAGGGCCUACUUAUUGAUACUGCUGCUCGAAGUAAUGAGAAAACGCUUUGUAAAAUUGAGAACAGAAAUGAUAAGUAAACACAAUUUUUGUGACACAAAA